AUGUCGCGCGCCGCGGCGGGACGUCUCGCGUCGUUCGACGCGCGCGCGCGCGCGAACGAUGACUCGGGCGACGCGCACGCGUGGUUGAGCGAGGACGAGGGCGACGCGAGCGACGACGGUCGACGGGGACGGUCGACGAAGCGAUUGAACCGACGCGACGCGCUCGGCGCGGUGUACGCGGGACGGUCGGCGUCGCGACACAGCGAAUACGAAGCCGAGAACGAGGCGAUCGAGAUCACGCGGGCGGAGCUGGAGAAAUUGCGGGAGAAGAUCGAUCAGGCGAGGAGCGAGGCUGGGUACUCGAGCUCGAGCGCGCGGUCGAGUCGACGGGGGUCGCGCGCGAGCUCGAGGCACUCGAGUCGAGGGCCGCGCGGAGGGUCGAUGCUCGCGAGCACGGAGAGCGUGGAUCCGGAUUUCGCGGACGAGCGAAGCACGCAAGAUGGGAGCUCCGUGAACGUGGGCGUGAACGGUUUAUUAAACGCGUUGGGAGGGGAAACCCCAAAGAUUUGGGACGACGAGGACUUGGACGACGAAGCUACGAAGAAGCGACAAGGCGCCCAUCACAUCGGCUCCGCCGUGGUGCCGCAGAAAGUUGUGGAGAAAUACGACAAGGCGCGGAAAGAUUACGAGGCCGCACUCAAGGCGAAGAAGGAUAAGAAGGAUAGACUGCGACGCGAAGCCGCCGAGGCGGCGGCGGCGGCGAAGAAGGAAAACGCGUCGUCGUCGGUGGAUGCUCUCGCCAAGGAAUUCCAAAGGGCGAUAUCGUUCUCGCACGAGGACGAUCAGCGCAAGGUGCGCCAGAGGAUGGACUACAAGAACACCGCGGUGUAUCGGAAAAAGGCGGCGCGUCUGGCGAACGCGAAAAAACCGCCGGCGACGUUUUUUGAGCGCCUCUCCGGCGCCCUCUUUGGCUGCUGUAUGCAUCGUUGAAGGCACGAUUAGCGUUUUGUAUUGCAUAUAUCUUUUAGUUUGU